AUGAACAUUACUUCUGAAUGUGAAAAGUCUGUUCCUUCAGAGUUUAUUUCGCAAGACUCACAAAACUUAAGAGGAAUGAUAGAAGAGCUAGCCCAAAUAAACUCAUCUGAUCUCAAAGAGCUUGGUCUUAAAGAUAAAGUUAUAGAAUUCGAUAAAAGUUUUGCCAGAGAACAUAUAUUAGAGACUUUGCAAGAGCUAUUACCCUGGGAUGAAAUGGUUUCAAAAAACCAAGAAGUUACCCUACCUAAUCAAUUUGUUUAUAGUCUACCAGCAAAUUCUGAAAACUUUAUUUUGAGUGAAGGGGUUGCGAAGCAAUUAGGUGGUGAAGAAGUGGUGCCAUCACCUCAAGUAAUGCCUCUAGCAUCAGUGACUGUUCCUUCAGAAAAUACUGGAAUUCAUCGGAAAAAAGCCGGAAGAGGUCACCUCGUGACUAGAUCGAAUAUAGAAAUUGAAGUUAGCUAG